GCAGUGCUUCAGUAGCUUUCAACACUUGAAGGGUGAGAGUGUGGAGCUGAUCAGUUACAAUGUCAGUGCCAAGGGUCAUACUGAUAUAGCAGUGACAAGGCAACUGUCGGACCGGCAGUCGCUGAGCUGGGGAGGACACUCGGAGACCCACGCUUCCAACAUGGACUUCAUGGGAGCUCAUCUGGCGUUUAUAUCACGAUGGAAGGAGACUGACGACGAGUUAUGUCGGCACAGCAUGUCAUUUGUUCUCCACAAAGCCAUCAGGAGUGACUUCUUUGAGAGCUACCUUUACCUGCUGGAGACACUCCCCCUUGUGAAACUGUAUGCUGUAACCAGUGAGGUCAUCGAUGGAGAAAAGCAAUUCUAUGCCAGAGCACAAAACUUCUACAAAGACGUGCCUGCAUCAGAAGAGGGAAUGAUGGGAGAUUACAUAGAGCUCUCUGAUGUUGACAUUGAAGGCUCUAAGGAAUUCCUGAAGAAGUUUGUUGGGGGUCCAGGGAAGGCCGGCACGGUGUGUGCUCUGGAUUGCGGGUGUGGAAUCGGACGGGUCACUCGCAAUGUCCUCUUGCCAGUGUUCGAGACGGUGGACAUGGCAGACAUGAUGGAGGAGUUCCUGAUUCACGCUCACGAAUGUUACCUGGGUGCCGAUGCGGACCGCAUUGAGACUUACUACUGCUACUCCCUCCAGGACCUCACUCCGCCUUGCAAGAAGUACGAUGUCAUCUGGAUCCAGUGGGUUGCAUGUCACCUCACUGACAGAGACCUAAUGGAGUUCCUGAUACGAUGCAAAGCCAGUUUAAAGCUAAAUGGAGUUAUCAUCAUCAAAGAUAAUAUGGCCAGGGAAGGCUGCAGGCUGGAUCCCAUCGACAGCAGCUUGAUCAGGCACAUUGACAUUGUCAAAAGCAUCAUCUAUAAAAGUGACCUGGAAAUAAUUGGAAUUCAGAAGCAGGAGGGCUUCCCUGAUCAGAUGGUGCCAGUGUGGAUGAUUGCCGUCAAAUAAUAAACUGCAAGUGAAGGACUGAUCGCCACAGGAAGACCAACGAAGAUCCCAAGCCAUCUCAUUGUAAAAAUCAUUGUCACAACUUCAAAAGCUUCAUCUGGGCAUGCAAUGGCUGGAUAGGAAUCCAUUAAUUCUAAGACAAGAGCAAAGAAAAAGGCACAAAAAUGAAAGGUGGAGGUCAACUACGUUCCUAAAACACACAUAACUGUGCAUAAAAUGAGCUCUGCAUUAAUGUGCGCAAAUGGAUCUUUCCAUCGCAUUUUAACUGUGCCCACAGCGUAUUCAAGCCAGGCUUAUUGGAGUCAGUCUGUCAGUGUCACCACUGUCUGUGGUUUCAUUAAAAAAGUCUGCUUUGUUCAUCCACUGCCUUUUUUUUUACCAGUUCUUAGAACAAAUAUCAGUGACAUUUACACAAAGCUGUUUACAAAAUCUAAAACACAUAAAGUGGCAGUCAUUCUAGUUGUAAUUGGACUAAGGACAAAACGUUAAACAGUUGGUUGGAUAAUAAUUGGCACUACCGUAUUCACAGAAGGAUUUCUGGCCACUUUUCACUGAAACCAUAAGCAAUCUUUUGUUCACAACCUUUUCAGAGCUGUAAUCAUUUGGAAAAAUCUCAAAUAGUCUUUUGUCCUUUAUUGUAUGAGUGCAAUUUUUACAAACAAUUUUCCUCUUAGGUCAUACAUUGGAGAGUUUUUCAAACAUGCCACACCACAGAACUUCAUAAAGUAUUUCAUGUGAUAAUUAUGCACAUUUCAGAACAACACAAACAACUUGGGGAGGUCAAAGUAAGAAAUGACACAGAACAGAAUUCAAAAGUUAAGGCAUGAGUUUGUGCAACUCUGGCACAGACUCUUCAAGUAACAUUCUUGACUGAUCUCAAAAUCACAUUACAUAACCACUCCCAAGAAGACAUAUUAUACAAAAUGAACACUCGAUAUUUUGUAUGCACAACAGAAAAAAUAUGCAUGUGAAUUAGUCCAAACAAUUAUUUCUGUUGUUAAAGCUAUGCUUUUCUAUGUUUGAGCUUUAGAUUCCUGUAUGUAAUUAUAGUGUUAAUUUAAACAACCACUACCACUACCUUUUGCACAUAACCAACUGUUAUUAAAAUAUAUACCCUUUCUUAAUAUCAAUGUAGAUCAACAAGGUGAGAUGACCCUACAGGGUAAUAUUUUAUCUUUACUUACAUAUUUCAAAUCACAAUUUUCCAUUGUUUUUAAUUUAAAUGUGUUUUUAUUUAAUUUUUUAGAGCUUCUGUAAGAAAACCAUAAUGCUGUUUGUAUCCAGAUGUACAUAUUGUCUUCUCUCUCUGUACAAGGUCAAGUGAUUUAUUGAAUUUUUUGUAUUAUAUAAUGUCAUAACUGUAAUGCACACGGGUAAAUUUGCUAUUUCUAAUUAACGUCAACCUAAUACCAUUUACAUUGGUGAAUUGCAGACUGGUAAAUGUAUGGGGAAGUUAAGAGUAUGGAGCUGUGAAUGUAUUUUAAUAUCUUCAAAAACACAUUUGAUGCUAUUUUUGCGAUACUUUCAUUCUUUAAGAAACCAAGAAUUGUGAACACAUGUUUUGGAGAAUUUUAAUUUAAUUGUUUGAGAGGUUCUAAAAAAACAUUUGUUACCAAGGUUAGAAAAAAAAAACAUCUGUUACCAAACUCACAUUGUUUAAUUUGAUGUCUUUCAAAUAAUAAACCCCUUUAGAAGCCUU